AAACGUGCCCUCGGCUCCCUCCGUGCAGCGGGGACGGGGAGGCGGGCAGCCUGCCUCCCUCCUCCCCCACGCACCCCCCGCCCCGGCUCGCCCGCCCGCCCGCGGAAGCCUCGCCGAGGCUCCCGCAUUGCACCGCCGCGCCGGGGCUCGGCGCUGCCCACCCGCGCCCCCGUCCCCGGCUGGCGGUAUGAGCGCCGGCGAGGCGAAGGAGUAUCUGGCCCGCAGGGAGAUCCCGCAGCUUUUCGAGAGUCUGUUGAAUGGAUUAAUGUGUUACAAACCCGAUGACCCAAUUGAAUAUUUGGAGAGCUGCUUGCAGAAAGUGAGAGAGCUUGGAGGGACAGAAAAAGUGAAAUGGGACACUUUUGUCAGCCCAGAAAAGAAGACCCUACCUCCACUCAAUGGAGGACAACCCAGGAGGUCUUUUCUCAGGAAUGUGAUGCCUGACAAUUCUAACUUCCCAUACCGACGGUAUGACCGACUCCCUCCCAUCCAACAGUUUUCGAUAGAAAGCGACACCGACCUCUCUGAAACUGCUGAGCUAAUUGAGGAGUACGAUGUAUUUGAUCCUGCAAGACCUCGACCAAAAAUUAUCCUUGUCAUAGGUGGCCCAGGAAGUGGUAAAGGAACACAGAGUUUGAAAAUAGCGGAACGUUAUGGAUUUAACUACAUAUCAGUUGGUGAAUUGUUGAGGAAGAAGAUCCACAGCACAAGCAGUAAUAGAAAAUGGAGUCUAAUUGCCAAAAUAAUUACUACUGGAGAACUGGCCCCUCAGGAAACAACCAUAACUGAGAUAAAGCAGAGAUUAAUGCAGAUCCCCGAUGAAGAGGGUAUAGUGAUUGAUGGAUUUCCCAGAGAUGUUGCCCAGGCAAUCUCCUUUGAGGACCAAAUCUGUACCCCAGAUUUGGUGGUGUUUCUGGCGUGUUCCAGUCAAAGGCUGAAAGAAAGGUUACUGAAGCGUGCUGAACAGCAAGGGAGACCUGAUGAUAACCUGAAAGCCACUCAAAGAAGACUAAUGAAUUUCAAGCAGAAUGCCGUCCCAUUGGUUAAAUAUUUCCAGGAAAAAGGGCUAAUCAUCACAUUUGACGCAGACAGAGAUGAAGAAGAAGUGUUCUUUGACAUAAGUUCGGCAGUUGACAAUAAACUAUUUGCAAACAAAGAAGCUGCAGCAGGGCCAAAUGAACUUGAUUGCAGUCUGAUUAUGGAUUCUGGAGAUGCUGUUUAUACAGAAUUUGACUUUGAAGACCAGGAGGAGGAUCAGUCAAGUUUUUCUGGUUAUGAGAGCACAGGAGACUUUUCAGAAGAUUUAAGGAAAUCAAACAUCAUUAUUGUAGUCGGUGGCCCUGGCUCUGGCAAAGGUACCCAAUGCGAACAGUUAGCCAAGAAAUAUGGAUUUACUCACCUUUCCACUGGUGACCUUCUCCAAAAUGAGUUAUUGUCAUUAUCAGAGAGAAGUAAAUUGAUCAAAGACAUCAUGGAAUGUGGUGAACCUGUGCCUGGUGAUAUUGUCCUAGAGCUACUGAAGGAAGCCAUGGUUUCCAAGUUAGGGGAUGCAAAAGGAUUCCUGAUUGAUGGGUAUCCCCGGGAACUGAAAGAAGCAGAAGAGUUUGAGAGCAAGAUUGGGGAACCAAAACUUGUGUUCUGCCUGGACUGCUCUGCAGAAACCAUGAGCAGUCGCCUCCUGAUGAGUAACCAGAGCAGUCAGCACUCUGAUAACCCCAAAACCAUCAAGGAAGGAAUCGAAAGCUAUUACCAAGCGUCAAUACCUGUGAUUGCAUACUAUGAAAGGAAGACACAGUUAUGCAAGGUCGAUGCAGAAGGAACGCAGGAGGAUGUUUUUCUGGAAAUCUGCAAGACAAUGGACUCUUUUCUGAAAAAGGAAGAGGCAGCCUUUUCUUUUCCAGCAGAACCGCAGUAACGGUGUGUUCCAGCCUCACCCCACGUGCACUCGGCAGCCACGAUGGCGACGCUGCUCACAGCAAUACCGCUUGCUCGAGAGGCGCCUGGAAUUUGUGCAUGUGGUAUGUUAUUUUAGAUGAAACCUUUUUUUUUUUUUUUUUUUUUUUUCUUUUCCUCUGUUCUGACAACGCACGGGGUAGGAAGUGGUCUGUGUGCUGACUCCACACUGAGAACUCUCUGGUGUUUCCCUGGUUGGUUGCUCUUCCCGGGUUAAAAGCGGCGUCGGUGACCAACAGCUCUGGGUUGUGUCCCGUGGUCUCACCCAACCGAUGGGAAGUCAGACAGCGCCCGGCCAGCAGCCAGCUCCUCAGCCCCAUCACUCGCCAUCUCGCAUGUUACGAUGACUGCACACAAGUCUCCCACUGGUUAUUAGUUUCUUUUAAUUAACAGUAUUAAUUUCUGCGGUAUCACUUAGCUUGUUCUUGGGUUUUAGCGACUAAAAUCUGUUCUCUGUUACACACAGCUGUGGAACAGCUGGAAUUAGCCAAGCUAGAAGUUAAAAUAAACUUUUCCCGUGUCCCCAGCACACUAUUGUAACCAGAAUAAUGAAUUGAAGAUAAGGUUGAAUACUGUGGCAGUCUGUCAGUCCACCCCGGGGGAGCAGACACCAUUGCUGAGACAGCCUUGUCUUCUGCUGGGAACUGUAGGCUAUUAUGAAUGACGACUUCCCAGGUCUGUGAGCUGAGGUGAAAAGAAUGAUUGUCUUGUACAGUUAAACGUGCAAUCCAGUGAUUGUCCAUAUUAACAGCAGUUUUACUAUAUUAAUUAAGGUCUAUAUUUAAAGUUGACUAUGAGCCAGAAUGUAUGAAGAUGUCUUUAAGUCAUACUUUGCAAGUAUUUCAAAUGCAAAAUUCAGAUCAUCGUCUGUUGUCUUGUAGGGGCAUUGCCAAAACUUUUUUUUUGGGGGGAAAAAAAAGGAAAAAAAAAAAAAAGGAAAACGUUGAUUCCUAUUGCUUGCAUCUUUAGUAAGCCAUUUAUUUAUAUCUGUCAUAUCUGCAAAAAAGUUUGUAAAGAUCAUACCAUAUUUCCAUUAAGUUAACCAAAAUGUUGUGGAGUUUCUUUGGUAUUCUGAUAGCUAAAUAAAAGCUUGUUUGACAUUCCUGUAAAGUAACUGCAUCCUUGUACUGGAGCUACUGGAUGAAUUCACAGUCGAAGUGGGUUGCAUGAUUGCUCUUACUGUCAAAGUUGUACUUUCCGCGGCAGAUUUGUAUUUUUAAAGUUCCCUUUCUUGUAAUGAAGACAUAAUACAAAUAAAACACGUACAAAAAUGAGGAGUAACGAUUUCUGUUACAGCAUAUGUGGGUUUAACCCUUUUCAAAGCGCAGUACAUGGCUCGGAAACGCAGCUCAGUCACACGCUUACGCAGUGCGGCCUUUCGCCAGUCAGGGCACAUUCUUCUAUGCUUUUUUAAUUCCUGCAAAUGCUAAUUCAAUUAUUUUGUAAGGGACUGGUUUAGGUACCUUCUUAUCCUUCAUAUCCUGGACGUUCCUUCUUUCCCGGGUCCUUUUACAGCCUACAUUUUACCUCUGAUGCUCUGGGAAGUGCUUCUCCAGCUCCAGACCAGCGCCAUUAAGCGCCCGGUGACGUCUGCAGCGCAACAGCUUUAAGCCAGAGACUUUCAUAACCCAUCAGCUCCAGAAGGUGGGUUUUUCUAACCCCAGCCCUGAAGCACUAGUGGCUGCCUGGGGUGGUAUUGGGAAAAAAAAAAAAAAAGAAAGUAAAAUAUUCUGGAGUUACCAUGAAGUU